GGUACUCAUUGGGUUACUUUUGUCACUUUUGGGUAAUUAAAAACAAGUUAUUCGAUUAGGGCUUGCAGUUAACAGUUCAAGAAAGCUUUAAGUUCAAUGAGUUCCUGUGGGGAGUAUAUUCAUAGACGGAAAGUGAAACUACAGUCAUUAAUACACGUCGAUCUUCCUGGACGAAAAAAUGGACGAUUCUCUUGAGAAGUAAAAGGACAAGUCUUCAGAUUUAGGUUUGAACAGAUGACCAGAUACCAAGAAGUGCAGUUUACAGUCUGCUCCUGCAGCUGGACUAGUCUUACAGAAAGAUUUUAUUUACAGACACUGCUCAAAUGUAUUUGUACAAGACAUGUAGGAUCCCGUCUGGAGAAAUAAUAUUUGUAUAUGGCUAACCCGCUGGAAGUGAAAGCGGCUUGCACUAGAUAACUGCGCAUCCUUUGAUUUUAGACCCAGUAACAGUGGAUUUAUUUAAAGUUAUCACUGAGUUCUGUGUCAAUAUGGGGAACUGUUUGGACUGUUGUGGACAAAAAGCCCCAUGUGACCAUACAGAGGAUGAAACUAAAGGUUUACUGCCCAGUUCUGAAUCAAAGACAGGAACAGAAGCUUGCACCAGUCCAGAUGAGGAGUGCAGCAGGCAUGAAGAACUAAAAACCCCACAGCUGAAGGAUGAACACACUGUAACUGAGCAGCCAGUCGCAGAGGCUCAAGUUACCAAAGCACAGAGCUCUUACUCUCAAACCAUAUCAUUGUUGCACACUGAAGCCUCUCUUGCUACUGAAGUUAAUCACAAUGUUUCACCUGAAACAGACACUCCAAUCUCAGCUGUAGAAAUGCCAAAAACAAUUACAGAAGAACUCCAAAACAUUGCAACUGAAGUCUCAGAAGCACCUCACGAAACUGUCGAAGCACCUGCGGAAACCGUUGCCUCAGUGAAAGUGGAGAUAGAGGGUGAGCAUGGGCCAGCUGAAGAGGGAAACAUCACAGCUGGUCCACCAGGUGAUGCAGCUGCUGCUCCAACAAGUUCAGACUCAACACUCGCACCUGCUGAGGAGACACCUGUUAAACAAGCACCUGUUGAAGCGGUGAUCGUGCUUACUCAGGUAAAAGCUGACAAGAACUUGCCCGAACCAGAGCCUAAAACACAUGUUGUGAAUGAGAAGGAAGUGGAACAAGCUUUGAAUAACACCACUACAGAGGCUGGUCUCAGUAAUACUGGAGAUGUUUCACUGAUGGAGAACAGUAGCAUUGAACCUGAAUUAUGCCUUUUAGGUCAAACGAAUGAAUCAGUUGUUCUUGAGAAAAGCGUACCUGAAUUGACUGCUGAGGAACCAAUGACUGAACCAACAGUUGAAGUGGAGGAGAAACUUUCAGAGGAUGUUCAGUCUGAGAAGGAAGAACAGAAGCAAGAAACAUCUGAAGCUUUUCAAACUCAGGAACUUUCACAGGAAGUUGAAUCCCCAGGUGUAGAUGUUUCCUAUGGAGUAUCUUCUGGCAUUGAGAAUGGUCUAGUGAAAGACUCUGAGAGUCUGAAGUGCGAGAUUGAAAGAAGCGUUGAUGUCGUGGUGGUAGAAAAGCUGCCUCAGAAAGAUGAUGCAGUCCAGAAACCAAAUGAUGAAGCCUUGGAAACCAAGAAUCAACUCUCAGCACAAACUGAAAGCACUAUUGAGUUGGACAAACCGGAAGUCUCAGACUCAAUGACUGAUCAAGAGAAAAGUGAGAAAGUUUUAGAAGAGAAGUGUGAAGCUACAGAACCCACUCAGAAUGGCCUGGACUCCACAUGUGCCUCUUUACCGUCAAGCCCCAUUGAACAAAGCAGACCCACUGAGACUAUGAGUGAUUUUGUUGCUGUAGAAGACACUGAAGCCAAAGCUGAGGUUACGGAGUCGAGCGUGGCAGAAUUACUGGAGGAAGUUGUAAAAGAUGUUGCAGAGACUGGACCUCAGCAAACAGAAGAAGAAAAGGGCAAACAGGAAGAGGAUUCUAGUGUUGCCCAGGAAAAAGAAGAAAAAGAAGGCAUUUCCGACACCCCAAAAUCAGAGACCAUUUUUAGCAGUACCUCGGUGGAAGUUCAGAUCAUAAGAAAGCCAGAAGAGAAUGUGGAGGAAGUGCAGGUGACACUGGAUGAGAGUGCAGAUCUGUAUCUGGGAGCUGAGGAGAUUGAAAUGGGAGCCAGCAAUAACAAGCCAUCCAAACCACUGCUAGAGCUCACAAUUCCUGGUGUCGAGACCAGAUGUAGCUUAGCACCAGCUGUGGACAUACUGGCCUACAGUGAGCGAGAAUGGAAGGGGAGCACGGAUAAAAGUGCUCGCAUACGAAAGGGCUACAGUGAGAUGUCUCAUAGCUUCAGUGGUCUGAGGAGAGUCAGAGGCGAUAACUACUGUGCCCUGCGUGCUACACUGUACCAGGUGCUGGCAACCAGCACAAACAUGCCCACCUGGAUGCAGGAUGAAGGUUUUCUAUUGUUGCCAGAGAGUAUUGAAACUCGGGAGCAUUUGAUUGGUGGAUGGGUGUUUCCCCCGGAAUGCAAGUUGGGAAGUGAGGAGAAUUCUGUGGAGAAACUGAAAUAUUAUUUGGAUCUUCUAAAAACUCAGUGGAGAGCAGCAGUGGCCUGUGAGAGCCCAGAGAAGAAGCAGAAUCUUUGUGAAUGUGUGUUUCAAGGUGGAGAUGAGGAAUAUGGUCUCCUGGAAGCACUCAAGUUCCUGAUGCUGGCCAAAGCUAUUGAGCUUCAUCGUAAAAUGGUGACAGAUCAAGAAGUGCCUGUGUUCUGCUGGCUUCUCUUUGCCCGCGACACAUCAGAAAACCCACAAUCCCUCCUGGUCAAUCACCUGAGCCAGAUCGGCUUCAGUGGAGGAGUAGAACAGGUAGAGAUGUUUCUGCUGGGCUAUGCCUUAAACUACACCAUUCAAGCCUUCCGUCUGUACAUGACCGACACAGAAGAGUUUGUGACGCAUUACCCAGAUGACCAUAAGCACGAGUGGCCAUGUGUGUGUAUCGUCACAGAGGACGAUCGCCAUUACAAUGUUCCCGUCAGGAGGACUGUUCAACACCAGCACAGAGAUGAUUUCACAAUGACCUAACGACAGACACUUCAGAGAACAAACCUGAUCUACAAAGUGGCAUGAUGUUUUGUUUUCUGAUUUGAUCUGUUGGUCAUACAGUGAAUGAAAACACGAAGGGAAUUUACAGCAAUCUACCAAGAUCAAAUUGCAUGCAUAAGUGCUCAGGUUUUUUCCCCUCUAAAUGAAUCACAGAAUGAACAUCUGUCUGCCAGGAAACGCUGUGAUGAUUAACACUGGUUAAAAAAAAAAAACCUUACUGCCUUUUUACUGUAGCUAUGGUCUUUUUUCCCCCACUGUUGGAAAUGUCUUUAAAGAAUACUAAAGAGUUUACAACAAUAAUUUUAGAGAAUUUUAAUUCAAAAGAAUGUAUUGUGGGUAUAGUAAGGGAAAUGAGAUAAUGGUAUACUUACUGUAAGUCAAUUAGUUAAAUUUCCUAUUAUUUCAAUCUAUAAAAUGUCUACAAAAAAGUCACUGGCGUGGAUUGUGCAAAAUAGGCUCAUUCUGAAAGCGUAGCUCUAUAUACAAAGAUCGCGAAUUAUGUAACCAGAAUUACGUAUGGCUGCAUUUCUUCUUUCAAACAAACGCUAUGAGGCAGUAUGACGCCGUUCCUUUUCGCUCUUACCAGCUGAUCUGCUUACCUCCGUAUGGAUGGCUUUUCCGCUGUACUAUUUUAUCCAGUUAACUCGCCAUGUACGUCGGGGGACUUAAGACCCAGAGAAAAGUUGACCACGUCGACGGGGUUCAAGUCUGGGGUUUGAGAUCUGAAAAAGUGUACACAGCGGCCUCUGUUGGAUUUAUGUGAGAACAGCAGGAGGGAAGGGCACUCGUGAGAGAAAUUUGAGAUCUGAAAAAGCGUAAACAGCGGCCUCUGGUGGAUUUACGGUAGAACAACAGGAGUAAAGGGCACUCCCUAGAGAAAUUUGAGAUCUGAAAAAAAAGUACACAGCGGCCUCUGGUGGAUUUACGUGAGAACAGCAGGAGUGAAGGGCACUCGCAAGAGAAAUUUGAGAUCUGAAAAAGCGUACACAGCUGCCUCUGGUGGAUUUCUGUGAGAACAGCAGGUGCGAAUGGCACUCGCGAGAGAAAUUUGAGAUCUGAAGAAGCGUACACAGCGGCCUCUGGUGGAUUUACGUGAGAACAGCAGGAGUGAAGUGCACUCGCGAGAGAAAUUUGAGGUCUGAAAAAGCACACACAGGAAUCCUCUGGUGGAUUCGCGAAAACAAAAAACUGCAAGAAAACGCAGCUCCUGGGAUGUAUUUGGCGCUCUCCAGAAAUGUAUAUAGCGGUAUGUUAUCAGAAUGAGCCUGGGUUGGGAUUGUGGCAUUUUCAAAAUAGAGACUGUCAGACAUCCUUAUUCAUUUUUCUUAAACUUUUUAAUCAUACGUGGACAAACUGCAACAAAUUUCUUAUACUGGUUUUGAUUGACACUGCCAUGUAGGGGUGUGUGAUAUUGUCUAUCAUAAGAUCAUAAUUAUUGCUUUAACAAUGUAUGACAGUAUCGAGUAAAUCACUCAUUUUCCAAAAGCAUUUACUUAAAGCCAAUUAGCGUGCCACCCUAAUUCAAGUUCUGAAAAUCUGAAACCCAUACUGGAAUAUUUUUGCUUUGUUUUUAAAAGAUAUCAUCUAAAGCUGCUCCUGGAGGGCCGCAGCUCUGCACAAUUUAGUUCCAACUCUAAUUAAACACACCUGAUCAAACUAAUUAAGCCCUUCAGGCUUGUUUGAAGCCUACAUGUAAGUGUGUUGGAGCAGGGUUGGAACUAAACUGUGCAGGGUAGCGGUCCUCCAGGACUGAGUUUGGGCAACCCUGAUCUAAAGUAAUAUCGCAAGCAAGAUUGCCAUUUGACAAAUAUCAGACUGCAAGUCUAAGGGGCCGAUCACACCGAACACGUUUUUUUUGCGUUGAGAGGCGCCUUUUUUAAAUGAUUUACUAGUGGCCGCGAGCGUUUAGUGCACUGCUUUACAGCCUGCACGCCUCGCAUUUUUGCCGUUGUGCAAUAUGCACUUGCAGUUGAAAAAAGUGAACUCUGAGCGGAAAAAGCACGUUGAGUCAGUCGCGUCUUUAUCAUUCUCCCAUCAAAUUAAAGCAGAACUGGGGUUUCUGUUAUGGUGACUGCAGUGUUUGUGUUGUCAAGACAACUACAGAGACUUUUGAAGAUGGAGGAGAGACUUGUGGUUGCUGUUUGAGUUAUCCGGAGCUGUAUGAUUCACAAAUCUUGAAUAUCACAAUAUUAUUAAAUAUUAUAAUUAAUUAUAAUAUCAACAGCAACACCCUCGCACAAUACCGAGAUGAUUCAGUCAUUGCCCAGUGACAAAAAGCAAAAAAGGCAGUGUGGUGCCCCUCACGUUUUUAGAACGGAAAAGUGCAUUCAGUGUGAUCGGCCCCUAACUGUGAUAUAUUGAGUUUGUACAACAGUUCAAAAAAAUGUUAAUACUUAGUUACAUUUUAGACAGGGUGGUUGUUUUGUGAGAGAAAACAAGUGUUUUGUUCAUGAAUGAAAUCAGUAUUCUAGCUAAUUAUUAAAUAAGUCAGUGAUCACAACAUCCAUUCGCAAUAUUGUAUGCAAUCAGCCAUUUUGAACAAAUCACUUGAAUUAAUAAUUCACACAUUAAAACAGAGACUCUCUGACCCUACUGCCAGUUAUUAUGUCAGAUUUAUUUAUGACAGGUCUAAACCAGCACACAUUUAGUCUUUAACCCUUGUGUCGUGUUCACAUCCCACCCCUUACUUUAGUGUUCCUGGUCAAAAUUGACAUGUCUGUUUUAACUGCUCUUAUAUUGGCACACACACAAAAAAAAAUCUUACAUCACCAACAUUUUAUUCAACAUUCUUUAGCUGUGAACAAUGUCUCAAAGUAGUGUUUAACAUAAAUUUAUAGAAUUACAUGUAGAUAACUGCAGUGACAAUACAAAUAGGCGCUGAAAAUGUAUUACAAAAUGAACAAUAGAUGACAGAAAUCAAAAUACUUUGUUUCGUUACUAAUAGACAGCUCACUAAAAUAACUAUCAGAGGGUCUGACCAAAGAAAUUGACCUUUUAAGCCAUCUGAAUGAUUUAUCAACCAGCAAAGAGCAAACAAAACAGUAUACUUUCUUGAGUAUUGAGUGCUCGAAUUUUCAUUCAGUCCUUCAAUUGCACUAUAUUAGUGUACUGAUAUAGGGAAUAGUGACUGAGGGUAUAGAUGGUGAGCAUGGGCAAAGAAUUAGCACUCGUUAUACUUUGGUCAUUUUUGAGCAAGAUGGUAACUGUCUAUUCCAAUAAAAUAAUUGAUGCUAAGAUAAGCUAAAAGUUCUCCUGUUAGACCCUGAACGAAGAUUGGCAGAAAGAAAGAAACACACAGAUGGGUUCAUAUAACAGACACCUGUCUAGUCUGUAUCACAAAAUAUGAUACAUUGUUUUAUCAAGAGUUGAUUCACGUUAGAGGAUCCAACACUCAUGGCAAUUCAUAACUUAUUGAUUUAGUGGCUAAUCUGUAUCAAUUCGUACGAUCUCAUCAUACAAUUUAGUACAAUUUGCUUAUUCCCAAUGUCGGUUGGGGUUAGGGUGCCACGCCUCCUUUUAAAAAUCAUACAUUUUCAUACGACUGAACUCAAAGUUUUUAUACCCCUUUAUUUCCUAUGGCGGUCACUUUUGACCGGGAACAUCACAGGUGUAACAAGGUUGAUUAAAACACUCCAAAUUCAAUAAAAGAGAUGAUCAUCACUUUUAUAUAUUCAGGUGUGGAGGACAUCAUAAGGCCAUGAGUUAAUCAGAUGUAAAACGCAAUAUGUAUGAGAGUUUUAAGUUGUAAAUUGGUCACAUUUGACCCAAACACCACAGGAAGGUUAAUGGGUUGAAAGUAAUACAUACAUUUACAGAGUAUGUAAUACAUAUGUACACAGUAAUUAACUAUUAGAAUAACAAUUAAUAACUAGUAGAAGUUGAUCAAAAAUAUAUUUACUUCUAAAACAUUAAUGGGAGGUGUUGAAUAGUUUUAGGACAACUUUGAUGAAAGGUUUUGAUCUAAUUCAAAUGUUGAGACACACAAUGUUUGUCAAUAAUGCACACCCCUACAUCUGUGAAUAUUGUUUUGCUCAGUUCACACCAAAUGCAGAGCACCGCUUCACUUGCUCUAGUUUACUCGCAGGAUGUUUUUCACCACACAAAUUCACCACUGGAGUUCAAUUAUUUGAAUUUGCGUUAUCGUCAAGAUUGAGGUGAAUUUCGUGUGUUUGUUACAGUGGCUGAGAGAGCUUUACGAGCUGAAAUUUAAGAAAACAAGUGCAAUAAAAAAAAAAAAAAACACCAGCAAAUUGAGAAAAGAUCUGCAUUAGUUUUCCAGCACAUGUGCUGCAAAUAGUUUGUGUGAUUGGUAUGGACCCGGCUGCAAUUUUACAAAAACAUGCUGCAUUCUCACAACGCAAACGUUUUAUGAAAACGGCUGCAAUCUCACAACAAGAACGAUUUACGAAAACACACUUUUUUUUCACAACGCUACGCGCUGCAUUUUCUCAACGCAAACAUUUAAGAGAACACGCUGCACUUUCUCACAACGCAAAUAUUUGAUGAAAACACGCAGCAUUUUUUCACAACACUAACAUUUUACGAAAACCCUCUGCAUUCUCACAAUGCACAUAUAUUUCACAAAAACACGCUGCUUUUUCUUACAACAUGUUUCAAGGAGACCCUAAAAUGUGACGGACCUGGCUAUUUAGGUUAUGGAUUAAGGCUAAUAAAUACUAAAGACAUGGAAAUCAAGAUAUUACAAUAAAAAAAUAAAUAAAAAAAAUAAAAAAAAACUCACCUUUCAAAGAUCACUUACAACUUCACUGAGAAAAUGCAGCGUAUUUUUUAAAUGUUUGUGUUGUGUGAAAAUGCAACGCGUUUUAUAAAAAUGUUUGCAUGUUGCGAUGAUUUGCAGCAUGUGUGCUGUCAGAAGGAUGAAGAUCUUUUCUCAACUUGCUGGUGGUUUUUGUAAUUGUAUAAUUUUUAAAUACAGCAUGUUAAGCUCUCUCAGCCACCGUAGAACAUGGCAAAUGAGGCAUGCAUUCUGCGUCAUUUAUACUACGCUAUGGUAAUUCAUACAUGUUUAUGCGUUUGCAUUGACUUUGUGUAACUUGCACAAACACAAAUUCUGCAUUUGGAGUGAACCAAGUAUUAAUAUUAAAAUUUGAGCAGUUAAAGUCAGUAUGACUUAUGUUGAUACCAUGUUAUGUUUACAUGUUCUUAACAGACACUGAAAGCUACAAUAAUGUGCAUAAAUCUCAUUAACAGGCAGCUGGUGGUACACAAGGAUGCCAAGAAGACUUCUUAAUAUUUAGCUCAUUGUGAAGUUAAUCAACUACUUGCACUUUUUGUUGUUGUUGUUGUUGUUGUUUUUUGUUUCCUGCUCAUCAGUUUUGUAAUUAUGAAUGACAAAUUACUCAGAGUAUCUUUCAUGCCAAACAUACAAGAAAAAAGUAUUGGUCAUGUUAAAAAAAAAAGAUUUUUCAAGAACUGGAAGACAUCGU